AUGUACGCGGAGCUUGGCGCCAGAUCGGAUGGGCCGGGGGGGGGAGGAGGGAGGAGGGAGGAGGGUGUGUUUGCAGAGACCAGCAGCGACCAGCAGCAGAGAGAACCUUCGAGGAACCAAGACCCCCAGCAGGAACAAGACAAGGCCAAGGGAGGCCAAGACAGGGCAGUAGUGAGCACGGAGGACGCUACCGUAUUUGAUUCAGGUGUCACUACGGGAGGGCUCUGCCCGGUGCGAGGUAUCACCAUCACCAUCGCCGUCUCGCUUUGUUUCCAACUUCCCCUCCAGCCUCUCUUCAGCGGGCGGGCGACUAUGCCAUUGAUUGGCCCAGGCGGCAGUCACAAGCCCAAAUGGUCAAUGUUCGACUGUAGGGGCAGCAGCUAUUUCGCCUCGCUGACUCUCGAGGCGCGGGCGGGAUGGGAUGGGCUCACUGGGUCAGGUUUCUGGCUGCGCUAUGGCGGUGGCGGUGGUGGUGCUGCUGCUGCUGCUGCUACUGUGCAGUACGAGGACACUACCACAGCUGCUGGGAACUCUAGUCUCUAG